ACCACGUGGUGCGAUUCCGUCGGCGGCCGCAAAGUUUCUGUCUCGACACAAUUGUUCAGGCCAGACCACCAGGGAGGAGGAGGAGGAGGAGGGACAGCUUGUAUGUCGACAGCUACCCUCAAAUAAAUACAUUAAAGAUUGUUCUUGCAGCAGAGUGAGCCUUCCUACACAACCAUGUCCCAGGACAAGAGUGGUUACCCUGGUAUGGGUGAGACCAACCCCCUUCAUAACAGCAUCUACGGACCCCCUCAGUCAGGUUUCGGCAUGCCCCCUCCCAACUACAGUCAGGCCCAAGGGGGACCAUACCCACCAGCAGCUGGCUACGGGCAGCCGUGCUCCCCCCAGGCAGGCCCAGGUUUUGUCCCUGGUCCUUACCCUCAGAUGCCUUACCCACAGGGACCCUACCCUCAGGGGCCUUAUCAGCAAGGCCCCCCACAGUCAGGCUUUCCCGGAGAUCCCACCGGACCUGCAGGCAGCCCUGGUUAUCAUGUUGAUGUGCCUCCAUCUUACUACGACAAUGAGGAGUUCACCAACUCUGGCUUUGAAGAUAAGAUCAUCCGACAAGCAUUCAUCAGAAAAGUCUUCAUGGUUCUCACAGUGCAGCUACUGGUCACUUUUUCCUUCGUUGCUGUCUUCACCUUUGUCGAAGAUGCCAAGGUCUUUGUGAAAAAAUAUCCAUGGACAUACUUCGUGUCCUACGCAGUCUUCUUUGUGUUCCUAAUCAUCCUCAGUUGCUGUGGAGACUUCCGCCGCAAGCACCCCUGGAAUUUGGUUGCACUGUCCAUCCUGACCCUUAGCCUCUCCUACAUGGUGGGUAUGAUCGCCAGCUACUACAACACAGAGACUGUCAUCAUAGCUGUGGGCAUCACUGCAGUGGUCUGCUUCACUGUCGUCCUCUUCUCACUACAGAGCAAGUAUGACUUCACUUCCUGUUGGGGUGUGCUGUUUGUGUGCCUGAUCGUGCUGUUGCUCUUCUCCAUCCUUUGCAUCUUCAUCCGUCAUAGGAUCCUGCACAUCGUAUAUGCCUCACUGGGGGCUCUGCUCUUCACCUGCUUUUUGGCUGUUGACACUCAGCUUCUCCUGGGCAACAAGAAACUGGCCUUGAGUCCAGAGGAGUACAUUUUCGCCGCCCUCAACCUCUACACUGAUAUCAUAAAAAUCUUCCUCUACAUCCUGGCUAUUGUGGGACGCUCCCGUGAAUGAGGCUGCACUUAAAAGAAAACAGCAGGGAGGCAGAGAAUGCCUUCCUAUUACUUUGAAAUGUUGCUAACAUGCCCUCUCUGAUUCCUUUUACUGUUUUCCCAUUUUACUGUUUAUUUCCUCUUCAGUCAUACAUACAGUUCUUUUUUUAAACACAUAGUAGGGCUAUGGAGGAGAUGCAGCUGGUCAUAAAAUGCAGCUGAGAGGGACAGUAUUUAUCAAAUAAAAAUCUUGCCAUUAA